AAUAUCUCAAAUAAUGCCUUUCACCUUUCGAUAGCUGAUAAAUAAUUUUUAAUGGUAAACACAAUUUUUCAUUUAUAUUAAGUUUAUAAAUGCGGCUCGUAAUACAAAUGAAGUGAGAUAUUAUAUUUUAGAAGUGUAAUUACUAAUGAUUGCAACUGCCUGCUGAUGACCGGUAAACAGAGUUCGAUGUGCUCUUAUGGCAAAGAAAAAGUUAUAACGCUUGCACGAACACCGCAGACUUAUUACUGUGCUGUAAAAGACACGCGUGGGCGAUAAGCGAGAUGUCUAGCAAUGAAAUGAAAAAUAUAACCAAAAAAUAAAAUAAAAAAAAAAACACUUAACAAAUUUCUUCAAUCCUUAGCACGUUAUCAGAAAACUCGCUGGGUGCUGGCAGUAAAAUAUAAAAUCUUUCAACGCUCCGGUGAAUGUCACAGUCCAAAUUGUUAGUGUAACAGUUAACAAAGCGCCCAAAGCAAUUUAAAGUGAAAAUAAUUACUUUUUAAUUAUCGAAGUACUCGAGAACCAACAAAGGAAGCUAACUCACAAAAUAUGUCGCGUUCAUUGGUUUUCUCCCUACUUACCGUCCUUUUCAUCGCAAUGCAAACGCACGCGGGCCUUACACGCCACCACAGCAGAGCAAACGAAUUCAACGUCGAUCAAACUUUGAUCGAUUUCUUGUUGAACACGCGCAACUUCCAGCAAAGUGAUCCGCAGCGUUCCAAUGAGUGCUUCGGCUACUAUUUGCCGAAACUCACCGAUUGCUAUGAAGAAUAUGAAAAGGACUAUUCGCAAUGCUUGGAAAGUUCCGAGGAUAGACGCAAAAAAAUCGACGAGUCAACAUAUAAACAGCGAGAAGAAAUCGAAGAUUCGAGUGAGCAUGCCUGCAAAUUGCUCGAAAGCUGUGUACCCAAGAAGGACUCGAUUGAUUACUUUGAGUGCUUCGAGUUGGCGAGUAAUACAAAUGAGCGUACCAUGUAUAAUGUUAACGUAAAUGCCUCCGAUACGCUGGCUAAAGUGAGACAAGCUUAUAGCGAAUCCGAUUAUCUGGAGAGUGUUUGCCUGGUCGAUUCAAAGCGCAAAUACGAUGGAAAUAACAAAGUCAUCUACAACAGUUUGCAAAGUUGCCUCAAUGGUGAAACUGAUGUACCAACAACAACAACAGCGGACCCAAGUCAUACAACAAAGACAACAACGCAUGUAUCUCCGGAUCCAACAACAACUGAAACAUAUUAAUUUAAUCUUUUAAAUUAAAACAAAAUUAUUUAUAAUACCUUUCAAGUAAAAUUUUG